CAUAGUGGCAUUGGACUCUGGAGUCUGGAGUCUGGAGAAGAAAACUUGAAAACAGUUGAGAAUCCACUCGUGCAGAGCGCAUCUCAUGAGCACCGAGCAGAGCGCCUUGUAUAUAUAAUGAGCUGACUCAGGCUGUGUUUGAUAGGUGCGCAAGCCCCCAUACCAUUGACACACUCUAUUGCCAGCAGUAUUGCGCUUGUCAACAAAAGGCUGCAGGCAAAACCCCAUUGGAAAACUGGCCUAGAUCAAAUCAGCGCCCACCAUUCUCCGCCCACUCUUCAACCAGCUGCGCAGGAUGGCGACUGCAGCUGCUGACGUUGGCGCCUCAACAGCUCGGAAGUUGGAAAACAUUGCGACGCCCGUCCCUCCGGACUAUGUGAUUGCGCAGUCCGUGAAGCCGCUGAACAUUGAGGAGGUGGCAAAAGCGGUGGGUCUUGAGCCAGAGGACUACGACCUGUAUGGGAAGAAGAAGGCCAAGGUGCUCAUCAAUGUGCGGGAGAAGCUGAAGGGCAAGCCAGAUGGCUUCUAUGUUGUAGUGGGGGGAAUCACCCCAACUCCACUAGGCGAGGGCAAGUCGACCACAACAGUGGGGCUGUGCCAGGCGUUGGGAGCACAUCUGGGGAAGAAGGUCUUCACGUGUCUCCGUCAGCCCAGCCAGGGCCCGACCUUCGGCAUCAAGGGCGGGGCCGCGGGGGGCGGUUACAGCCAGGUUAUCCCCAUGGACGAGUUUAACCUGCACUUGACCGGGGACAUCCACGCAAUCACAGCGGCCAAUAACCUGCUGGCAGCGGCGAUUGACGCGCGUAUGUUCCAUGAAGCGACGCAGUCGGACAAGGCGUUGUUUAACCGCCUGUGCCCCCCAAACAAGGAGGGCAAGCGCAGCUUCGCGAGGGUGAUGUUGAAGCGGCUGGCCAAGCUGGGGAUCGACAAGCUGGACCCCGACAGCCUGACGGAUGAGGAGGUCACCAAGUUUGCGCGCCUCGACCUGGACCCCGAGCAGCUGACGUGGCGCCGUGUUGUGGACGUCAACGACCGCUUCCUGCGGGUCAUCACCGUGGGGCAGGGCCCCGACGAGAAGGGCCAGUCGCGGCAGACGGGGUAUGACAUCAGCGUCGCGAGCGAGAUCAUGGCGGUGCUCGCGCUGACGACGGGCAUGGAGGACAUGCGCGAGCGGCUGGGGAAUAUGGUGGUCGGCACCAGCAGGGGGGGGGACCCCGUGACUGCCGACGACCUAGGAGUGGGGGGGGCGCUCACGGUGCUCAUGAAGGACGCGAUCCACCCGACGCUUAUGCAGACGCUGGAGGGCACGCCCGUGCUGGUGCAUGCGGGCCCGUUCGCCAACAUUGCGCACGGCAACUCGAGCAUCGUUGCGGACCAGCUCGCGCUCAAGCUCGUGGGCGCCGACGGGUUUGUGGUCACGGAAGCGGGCUUCGGGGCGGACAUCGGCGCGGAAAAGUUCUUGAACAUCAAGUGCCGCUACAGUGGGCUGCGGCCGCACUGCUGCGUGGUCGUGGCGACCGUGCGCGCGCUCAAGAUGCACGGGGGGGGUCCCCCGGUGGUGGCGGGCAAGCCGAUCGACUUUGCGUACGCGAGCGAGAACUUGGAGCUGCUCGAAAAGGGGACGGUCAACUUGGCCCGUCACAUCUCGAACGUGCGCAAGUACGGCGUGGCCGCGGUGGUUGCGAUCAACAGGUUUGCCACGGACACGGACGCCGAGAUUGAGAUGGUGAAAAAGGCCGCCUUGGCCGCAGGGGCGUUCGACGCCGUUGAGUCGACACACCAUGCGCAAGGAGGGGCGGGAGCGGUCGAGCUCGGAAAGGCCGUGGAGAAGGCGUGCAAGUCCCUCAAGGAGGACUUCAAAUUCCUGUACCCCCUCGAAGCCGGCAUCAAAGAGAAGAUCGAAACCAUUGCUCGCGAGAUGUACGGCGCCGGGGGGGUGUCGUACUCGUCCGAGGCGGAGGCCGCGAUCGAAAAGUACACCAAGCAAGGGUUUAGCAAGCUGCCCAUCUGCAUGGCCAAAACGCAGUACUCCUUCUCCGACAACCCCACGCUGAAAGGGGCCCCCUCAGGCUUCACUCUUCCAAUCCGCGACGUCCGGGCCAGCGUGGGUGCGGGCUUCAUCUAUCCCUUGGUGGGCGCGAUGAGCACUAUGCCCGGCUUACCUACUCGCCCGUGUUUCUACGACAUCGACCUUGACCUUGAGACUGGGGACGUCGUUGGCCUAUCGUAAUCGCGGGCAUGCUCUGAUUCUUAGAAAGAGAUCCGGCCACCUUUUGUGACACGACGCAAUGGAGGCACUGCUGUACAAAGGAACAGUCCAGAUGCAGUAAUGAGUGACGCAGCAGCUGGCCUCAAAAUGUGGAGUGUAAAUUUGCAAUUGGCACAUGAUUCAAUCUGGCUAAUGCAGGCGAUCCGACAAAAGAUCACCACUUUUAGUUGAGUAAUUAAUCAGUGUGCGGCAGGCUUCAUCAAUCCGAGUGCACACUGAUGCGACUAGCUCGGCGACUGGUUUGGCGAUCAAGUAAAGUCAGCAUGGUGGAGGAUUGCCGAUAUGCAGUGCUGUGCACGCGCAGG